AUUGCAACCCAGCUGUCAUGUCCGCCACUUCCUGGUCUGAUUUCUGCGGCUACGUACGUCUCACAAACAUCAUGGCUGCAUCCAGACUGGCCCACCAACCUGCCUUUUCCUCACCGACGUUUAUUACCGUGAAUAGAUAGUCCAGGCGUCUUGGAUAGAAGCUGGUGGUGGUUUUGUAACGGCCGUGUUUCGCACGGCUCGUGUUAGCUACUUAGCUCACAAUUGUAAAUAUCAGCGAGGCUUUCUUUCCCGCUCAUUGCACAAAUGGCCACCAUGGAGAAAUUAAUGAAGGCGUUUGAGUCUCUGAAGUCCUUCCAGCAGCAGCAAGGACCGCCGACCGCCGAGGAGCUCGCCCAGAGACAGAAAAAGGAGCAGGCAACAACAAAGAAAGACAGAGUGACACAUUGCUUGACAAUAUGUGAAAAUAUUGUGGCUCAGUCUCUCAGAACUUCUCCGGAGUUUCAGAAACUGCUUGGCAUUGCAAUGGAAAUGUUCCUGCUCUGCAGUGAUGACAGUGAAUCAGAUGUCCGAAUGGUCGCCGAUGAGUGCCUCAACAAAAUAAUCAAAGCACUGAUGGAUUCAAAUCUGCCAAGACUGCAGCUGGAGCUGUAUAAAGAAAUUAAAAAGAAUGGUGCCUCUCGAAGUUUGAGAGCAGCUUUGUGGAGGUUUGCUGAGCUUGCUCACCUCAUCAGACCUCAGAAGUGCAGACCCUACCUUGUCAACCUUUUGCCGUGCCUCACCAGAAUCACCAAACGGCAAGAGGAAUCUGUGCAGGAGACUUUGGCAACAGCCAUGCCUAAAAUCAUGGCAGCUUUGGGACACUUUGCCAAUGAUGGCGAGAUCAAGGUCCUGUUGAAGUCGUUUGUCGCCAACCUGAAGUCAAGCUCUCCCACCAUCAGACGUACGGCGGCCAGCUCUGCUGUUAAUGUGUGCCAGCAUUCACGGCGUAAAAGCUACUUCUACACAUGGCUCCUUAAUGUGCUGCUUGGUCUUGUGGUUCCAGUAGAUGAAGAGCACCACAGCCAUCUUAUUCUUGGGGUGCUGUUAACCCUCCGCUAUCUGAUGCCUCUACUGCAGCAGCAGGUUAACACUACAAGCCUCAAAGGAAGCUUUGGAGUUAUGAGGAAGGAGGCUGAUGUGCAGCCUACACCAGAACAGCUGUUACAGGUAUAUGAGCUGACUUUACACUUCACACAACACUGGGACCACAAUGUGGUGACAGCAGCUUUGGAGCUACUGCAGCAGAUGUUCAAGACUCCCCCACCAGAGCUUCUGCACAUGCUCAUCACUGCAGGGACCGUUCCACACGCUACAGUGUUUCGUCAAGAUACUGAGAGUCGUGCACGCUCUGGCAGCAUUCUAGAGUUUAUUGCUGGGGGAGGGUCUUCCUGCAGUCCACUACUCCUCAGGAAACAGAAAGGUAAAAUGCUUUCUGGGGAGGAAGAUGGUUUGGAAGAGGAUGCUGAGAAAUCUGAAGUCACCACUGGAACUUUCACAGCAUCUGUUGUGGGAGCGGAUGGCUCCUCUGCGGCCCAAGUGGACAUCAUCACAGAACAGCCUCGGUCCUCCCAGCAUACUCUGCAACCCGGUGACUCGGUGGAUCUGAGUGCCUCGUCAGACCAGGGCGGGGGGGCGGGCGGGACAUCUGCCUCAGAUACUCCUGAGUCACCGAACGACAAUGAAGAGGAGAUGCUGAGUCAUAGCUCAAGUGGUGGGGCAAAUGUUACCCCAGAGACGGCUGACUACAUUACUCCAGAGAACUCUACUCCAGAAGGAGGGCCACUAAUGGAAGGCAGCUCACUGGCAGGCACCAUUGACAGCUCACUCCCACCCAGUGACUCCUCCCAGACUACCACAGAAGGACCGGAUUCUGCUGUCACUCCCUCAGAUGUUGCAGAGCUGUUUCGCACGUCGUUGCCACAAGUGACAGCACCAUCUCCCCCCUCGCCAACUUCCACUGAGGGUCCCGAUGCUACAGUCAGCGACUCUUCUAUCUGCAUUGCUUCUUCUUCAUCUUCGUCUCUCUCUUUCUCCUCCUCUUCUUCCUUCUCUGCAACCUCCUCCUCUAGCACAAGUGACAAGGUGCUGGAUGGCAGUGAGAGCCAGUACUCAGGCAUGCAGAUUGGAACUCUCCAGGAUGAGGAAGAUGACGGAACAGCACCUUCUUCUAGAGAUGAAGCUUCAGAAACUUUCCUGCAGUCAGCGCUCGCUUUGAGCAAACCUCAUCUCUUUGACGUUCGAGGUCACAACCGACAGGGUUCAGACAGCAGCGUGGACCGCUUCAUACCAAGGGAAGAACCCGCAGACCCUGAACCUGACAGCAAGCCAUCAAAUAUUAAGGGUCCAAUUGGACACUAUACUGACCAGGGAGCGGAGCCACUUGUGCAUUGUGUGCGGCUUCUUGCUGCCUCUUUCUUGUUGACAGGACAAAAGAAUGGUCUGAUCCCUGACAAGGAAGUACGCGUGAGUGUGAAGGCUUUGGCAGUCAGUUGUAUUGGUGCAGCUGGGGCACUGCUUCCUGAGUCUUUCUUUAACUCCCUCUACCUGGAGCCGCUGGACGGCAUUCCAAAGGAAGAGCAACAGUAUGUCAGUGAUGUGCUGGAUCUCAUUGACCAUGGGGACCCACAGGUCAGAGGGGCCACGGCCAUCCUCUGUGCAGUCAUUAUUCAGGCUGCGCUCACUAAAACACGCUACAACAUUCACAGCUGGCUGGCCAGUGUGCAGAGCGCAACAGGCAACCCUGUGUCCCUGGUGCACCUGUUACCUUUGCUGCGAAAAGCCCUAAAAGACGAGUCUUCAGUUACCUGCAAGAUGGCUUGCUCUGCAGUCAGGCACUGCAUCAUGACUAUUUGCAGCAGUACACUUAGUGAGAUGGGCCUGCAGUUGGUGAUCGACCUCCUGGCUCUGAGAAACUCUUCAUAUUGGCUUGUCCGCACUGAACUGUUAGAGACCCUGGCAGAGAUGGACUUUCGGUUAGUUCAUUUCCUGGAGCGAAAGACUGACACCCUGCACAAAGGCGAACAUCACUACACUAAGCGUCUUCGGCUGCAGGAAAGGGUUUUAAAUGAUGUAGUCAUUUGCCUGCUGGGAGAUGAAGACCCCAGAGUCAGACAUGUGGCAGCUUCUGCUGCUAGCAGACUGGUUUCUAGAUUGUUUUACGACUGUGACCAGGGCCAAACAGACCCUGUUGUUGCUAUUGCCCGAGACCAGAGUUCAGUUUACCUGCAGCUGCUGAUGCAUGAGGCGCAACCCCCCUCCCAAUUUACAGUGAGCACAAUCACAAGGACUUAUCGGGGCUUUAACCUGUCCAACACCGUUUCUGACGUCACUCUGGAAAACAACUUGUCUCGGGUUGUCACUGCUAUCUCCCACGUGUUCACGUCCUCUAUCUCCAGAGCCCUGACUUUUGGCUGCUGUGAAGCGCUCUGUCUCCUGGCUUCACAUUUUCCAGUGUGCACAUGGAGCACAGGCUGGCACUGCGGCUACAUUAACUCCCUUAAUAGCGUUUCAUCUCGAGCCAAUCUCAACCGCAGCCGUGGCAGGGCCCUCAGUCUUCCCCAGUCUAGCAGUGCUCCAUCCUCCUCAAUCUCCAACUCCUCUGCACCUGAUGUGGAAAGAAGGACUUUAACAUUGGGAGUGACCAACAUGGUACUCUCCUUACUGUCAUCUGCCUGGUUUCCACUGGAUCUUUCUGCACAUCAGGAUGCCUUGAUGCUAGCUGGAAACCUGCUCACUGCAGUGGCUCCUAAAUGCAUGCGCAACCCCUGGGGUGGUGAGGAAGAAGGAAAUGGUGGCAACAGUGGAGGAUCAAAUAAGAUUGAGGAACCCUGGGCAGCGUUGUCAGAGCGCUCCCUGGUGGCAUUGGUGGACCAGCUUUUUUCUCACCUGCUGAAGGUGCUCAACAUCUGCACACAUGUUCUAGAUGACACUCCGCCUGGACCAGCAGUUAAGGCCACACUGCCCUCCCUGAGCAACACUGCCUCCCUGAGUCCGAUCCGCAGGAAGGGCAAAGAGAAGGAGGCCUCCGAUCCCAAUGCUUUGCCUUUGAGCCCAAAGAAAAGCAAUGAGGUUAACGCGGGCAGAGCUAUCGACAGUACAAGUGGGACAGCUGUAAACAAGUCUAACAAUCUUGGCAGCUUCUAUCACUUGCCACCUUACCUCAAGCUCUAUGAUGUUCUGAAAGCAACUCAUGCCAAUUACAAGGUGACGUUGGACCUUCACAGUAGCCAGGAGAAGUUUGGGGGUUUUCUGCGUGCUGCUUUGGAUGUUCUGUCUCAGCUGCUGGAGCUGGCCACACUUCAUGACAUCAACAAAUGUGUAGAGGAAAUUUUGGGGUACCUCAAGUCUUGUUUCUCCCGAGAACCUACCAUGGCUACCAUUUGUGUUCAGCAGUUGUUGAAGACCCUAUUUGGCACCAACUUGGCAUCCCAGUAUGAGGGUGUUCUGAGUGGACCGUGCCGUGCCCAGGGCAAGGUACUUCGUCUUGGUUCAUCCAGCCUCAGACCAGGCCUGUACCACUACUGCUUCAUGGCACCAUACACACACUUCACACAGGCUCUGGCUGAUGCCAGUCUGCGUAACAUGGUGCAAGCUGAGCAAGAGCAGGAUACUUCUGGAUGGUUUGAUGUGAUGCAGAAGGCGUCUAACCAGCUGAGGUCCAACAUCGCAAAUGCAACACGCCAAAGAGGAGACAAGAAUGCCAUUCACAAUCACAUCCGUCUUUUCGAACCACUGGUGAUUAAAGCCUUAAAGCAGUACACCACCAGCACAUCUGUGACUCUGCAAAGACAAGUUUUGGACCUUCUUGCCCAGCUUGUGCAGCUCCGAGUUAACUACUGCCUGUUGGACUCUGAUCAGGUCUUCAUAGGGUUUGUCCUGAAACAGUUUGAAUAUAUCGAAGUGGGACAGUUUAGAGAUUCGGAGGCUAUCAUACCAAAUAUCUUCUUCUUCCUCGUACUGUUGUCCUACGAACGCUACCAUUCCAAGCAGAUAAUCAGUAUCCCCAAAAUCAUCCAACUGUGUGAUGGCAUCAUGGCAAGCGGAAGGAAAGCAGUCACACAUGCAAUCCCUGCCUUGCAGCCAAUAGUACAUGACCUGUUUGUCCUGAGGGGCUCAAACAAGGCAGAUGCAGGAAAAGAGCUGGAUACACAGAAAGAAGUGGUGGUUUCCAUGUUGCUCAGACUUGUUCAGUACCACCAGGUUUUGGAGAUGUUCAUCCUUGUUCUACAGCAGUGUCACAAAGAAAAUGAGGACAAGUGGAAGAGAUUGUCCCGACAAAUUGCAGAUGUGAUUCUUCCCAUGAUUGCCAAACAGCAGAUGCAUCUGGACUCCCCUGAGGCUUUGGGGGUGUUAAACACACUUUUUGAGACCGUAGCGCCCUCCUCUCUUAGGCCUGUGGAUAUGUUGCUCAAAAGUAUGUUCAUCACCCCGGCUACUAUGGCGUCUGUGACAACAGUCCAACUGUGGGUGUCCGGUAUCUUGGCAGUGCUCAGGGUACUAGUCUCUCAGUCAACUGAAGACAUUGUAUUAUCACGAGUGCACGAGCUGGCCCUUUCCCCGCAUCUCCUUUCCUGCAACACUAUCCACCGCCUCCAUCAGCACAGCCCCUCCCCAAAUGGGCCCCCUGCUUCUGAUUCAUUUGCCAAUCCGGAACCUAAUGGUAAUGCACAAAAAGCCGUGCCAGAAGAAACUUUUGCCAGAUUUUUGCUCCAAAUAGUUGGAGUGUUGCUGGAAGAAAUUUCCUCCAGACAUGUUAAAGUGGACAUUACUGAGGAGCAACACACUUUUUAUUGCCAGCAGUUGGGCACAUUGCUCAUGUGUCUUAUCCACAUCUUCAAAAGUGGAAUGUUCCGUAGAAUCACAGCUGCAGCCAGCCGCCUUUUGAUGGCUGAGAGUGCUAAUGGCCCGAGUGACUCUGAGGCUGGGCUUUACUACCAUUUGGAGUCUCUAAACUGCAUGGUGCAGGGCCUGAUCACCACCCAUCCUUCCCUUGUGCUGCUCUGGUGCCAAGUCCUACUCCUAAUCAACUACACAAACUACUCCUGGUGGGCUGAGGUUCACCAGACGCCAAAAAGACAAAGCCUAUCGUGCACAAAACUGCUGAGCCCUCACUCUUCCGGAGAAAGCGAGGACAACAAGCCUGAGUCCCAAUUAACCAUGGUUAACAGAGAGAUUGUCCGCAGGGGAGCCCUGAUCCUCUUCUGUGAUUAUGUGUGUCAGAACCUCCAUGACUCAGAACAUCUUACCUGGCUGAUAGUCAACCAUGUGAGUGAUCUCAUCAGCCUUUCUCAUGAGCCGCCCGUACAGGAUUUCAUCAGUGCUGUGCACCGAAAUUCAGCUGCCAGCGGCCUCUUUAUCCAAGCCAUUCAGUCUCGCUGUGACAACCUGACCACUCCUACCAUGUUGAAGAAGACAUUGCAGUGCUUAGAAGGAAUCCACCUCAGUCAGUCUGGCUCCCUGCUGAUGCUGUAUGUGGACAAGAUGCUCAGCACACCCUUCAGGGUUCUGGCCCGUAUGGUAGACACGCUGGCGUGUCGCAGGGUAGAGAUGCUGUUGGCUGAGACGUUACAGAACAGUAUAGCCCAGCUGCCUGUGGAAGAACUGGACAGAAUCCAGGAGUACCUUCAAAGCAGUAACUUAGCUCCAAGGCAUCAGAGGUUCUACUCCCUGCUGGACAGGUUCCGAGCCACUGUUGCUGAAACCAGUAGCCCAGUCCCUCCUGUGACAUCACACCCCUUAGAUGGGGAUCCACCUCCUGCCCCUGAACUGGUCAUUGCCGAUAAGGAGUGGUAUGUGACUCUUGUGAAGUGUCAGUGUUGUCUCCGUGGAGAUGUGUCUCUGUUGGAGACAACAGAACUCCUUACCAAGCUGCCUCCCACUGAUGUUUUAAGCAUCAUGAGAUGCGAGACAUUCAACCUCAGUCUGCUAUGUCCGUGCCUUAGCAUGGGAGUACAGCGAUUAACACGGGGUCAGGGGUCACUCUUGUUGGAGACGGCGUGGCAGGUGACCUCAGAGCAACUUGCUGGCGUUACAAAGUCACUUCCUUCACCGCACCAGUCCUUUUUGCCACCUCCUCAUCCACAGUCUUACUGGACCCAACUUGGUGAUGUGUAUGAUGAGCCAGGUUUCUACACCCGGGUUUUAGCCCUUUGCAGAGCACUAUCCCAGUACCUCCUAAGUGUAAACCAACUUCCACCUUCAUUUCAUAUUCUCUCUGACAAAGAAGACCUCAUCACUACUUUCACCUGCACUGCAGCUGAGGUCAUAGUGUGGCGUCUGCUCCAGGAUCAGCUCCCCCUGAGUGUGGACCUGCAGUGGGCUUUGGCCUGUCUGUGCCUAGCUCUGCAGCAGCCUUGCAUCUGGAACAAACUGUCCACCCCAGAGUACGCCACACACACAUGUUCUCUCAUCUACUGCCUGCGUCUCAUUAUGGUUGCCGUGGCUGUGAGUCCUGGAGACCAGCUUCUGCUCCCAGAAAAGAAGAAAAAUCUUACGAGGGAUGCUGAUGGUGAUGAAGUUGAUUCACCACAUACUAAGCACAAGUGCGAGUGGCAAGCAUGUGAGAUCAUGGCAGAGCUGGUGGAAGGCCUGCAGAGCAUACUUUCCUUGGGACAUCCAAGAAACAGUGCAAUCCCUGCUUUUCUAACUCCAACCUUGCGCAACAUUGUGAUCAGUAUUGCUCGACUGCCUCUGGUCAACAGCUUUACUCGAGUCCCUCCUCUGGUUUGGAAACUGGGCUGGUCCCCACAGUCAGGAGGAGAGUUUGGCACAACAUUGCCUGAGAUCCCUUUGGACUUCCUGCAGGAAAAGGAUGUCUUUAGAGAGUUCCUGUAUCGGAUAAACACACUUGGUUGGAGCAGCAGGACUCAGUUUGAGGAGACAUGGGCCACUUUGCUGGGAGUGCUGGUGACUCAACCAAUCACAAUGGACCAGGAGGAGGAGACUCAGCAAGAGGAGGAUUUAGAGCGUACCCAGUUGAAUGUGUUGGCAGUGCAGGCCAUCACCAGCCUGGUGCUGAGCGCCAUGACACUGCCCACUGCUGGCAACCCUGCAGUCAGCUGUCUGGAACAGCAGCCUCGUAACAAGAGCCUCAAGGCCCUGGAGACAAGGUUUGGAAGGAAACUGGCAGUUAUCAGGGGUGAGGUUGAGAGGGAAAUACAAGCUCUCGUCUCUAAGAAAGACAACAUUCCCACGCACCACUCCUACCAUGCCUGGGACCCGGUGCCCUCUUUGUCAGCAGCCUCAGCAGCAGGAACGUUGAUAAGUCAUGAAAAGUUGCUGCUACAGAUCAACACAGAGCGGGAGAUGGGAAACAUGGACUAUAAGUUGGGACAGGUGUCCAUCCAUUCAGUGUGGUUAGGAAAUAACAUCACCCCGCUGAGAGAGGAAGAAUGGGGUGAAGAUGAGGAAGAUGAAGUGGAUACGCCUGCGCCCACCUCCCCACCCUUGUCACCUAUUAACUCUCGUAAACAUCGUGCAGGGGUGGACAUUCACUCGUGUUCCCAGUUUCUUCUGGAGCUCUACAGCCAGUGGCUUAUCCAAGGCUCGCCAAGUAACAGAAAGACUCCAACCAUACUUGUCAGCGAAGUGGUCCGAUCGCUACUGGCGGUGUCUGACUUAUUCACAGAGAGGAACCAGUUUGACAUGAUGUUCUCCACUCUGAUGGAGCUACAGAAGCUCCACCCACCAGAGGAUGAGAUCCUCAAUCAGUACCUGGUGCCUGCUAUCUGCAAAGCUGCUGCUGUGUUGGGCAUGGACAAAGUUAUUGCAGAACCAGUUUGUCGCUUGUUAGAGACAACCUUGCGCAGCACGCAUCUGCCCAGUCGCAUGGGUGCUCUUCAUGGGGUUCUGUAUGUGUUGGAGUGUGACCUGCUAGAUGAUACAGCCAAGCAACUGAUCCCAACCAUCUCAGAGUACUUCCUGUCCAACCUCAGGGCUAUUGCUCACUGUGUAAACCUGCAUAACCAACAGCAUGUUCUAGUGAUGUGUGCUGUGGCAUUCUACAUGAUGGAGAACUACCCUCUUGAUGUAGGAUCUGAGUUCAUGGCUGGUGUGAUACAGGUGUGCAGUGUGAUGGUGUCAGCAAGCGAGGACGCGACCCCUUCAGUGAUCUAUCACUGUGUACUCCGGGGCCUGGAGCGCCUCUUGCUCUCUGAGCAGCUGUCUCGUAUGGAUGGAGAGGCGCUGGUCAAGCUGAGCGUGGAGAGAGUGAACAUGCCGUCUCCACACAGAGCUAUGGCCGCCCUAGGCUUAAUGCUCACCUGCAUGUACACCGCGGUGCUCGCGUCGGGUUCAGAAUUCACAGGGGUUAAAGGUCAGGUUGACUCUGGGUCUGCUGUAGCGGAGGCGGUGGGCGUCACGGCGGGUCAUGUUGGUUUCUCCCCAGGCAAGGAGAAAGCAAGCCCCGCCGCUCGCCACGCACACUCAGACCCUCAGGCCCCAGACAGCGAGUCCAUCAUUGUUGCCAUGGAGAGGGUCUCCGUGCUCUUUGACAGAAUCCGCAAGGGUUUGCCCAGUGAAGCUCGGGUGGUGUCCAGGAUACUACCGCAGUUCCUAGACGACUUCUUCCCACCUCAGGAUGUCAUGAACAAGGUCAUCGGGGAAUUUCUGUCCAACCAGCAACCCUAUCCACAGUUCAUGGCCACAGUAGUCUACAAGGUCUUUCAGACCCUCCAUGCAACGGGGCAAUCAUCCAUGGUGCGGGACUGGGUGCUGCUCUCCUUGUCCAACUUCACACAGAGGACACCUGUGGCCAUGGCUAUGUGGAGCCUCUCCUGCUUCUUUGUCUCGGCCUCCACCUCACAAUGGAUCUCAGCCUUACUGCCUCACAUCAUCAGCAGAAUGGGCUCCAGUGAAGUGGUGGACGUCAGUCUCUUCUGCCUCGUGGCCAUGGACUUCUACCGGCACCAGAUCGACGAGGAGCUGGACCGCAGGGCCUUCCAGUCCGUCUUCGAGACCGUGGCUUCACCAGGAAGUCCUUACUACCAGCUGCUGGGCUGUCUGCAGUCCAUCCAUCAGGACACCACACUCUGAGAGUGACACUCCUGGCUUCUGUGGAGGAAAAGGAAUGACCCCUCUCUCUUGGAAUAAGAUGUAAAGUAUAAUCUCCAUGUAUCUGUUAGGAGAAAAUGUGUGAAUUGUAAGAACAAGAGAACAUUUCCAAACACAAUCAUCCCUCCAGCACCUUGUCCAAAGUAUAAGAGGAUCCAUCCAACAGCAUCAUAUAGAUGGAAAGUCGUUUAUUAUAUUUCCACUUGCAUCGAUUUUGCAAUGUAUUUUUCCUGUUAAUGCGCUUGCAGGAACUGACUGUCGUAAAAAAUGAACUUUAAAGAUAUAUAUAUAUAUAUGUGUAUAUUUAAGUUAGGUGGCAUCAUCCUAAUAAGCACACAGUUUGUGUGGGAAUGAUCACUACUCGCCAUAGCAGCUUCUUUUCACCUGUGAAGUCAUGCCACACGUGUUGAUGCUACUUCAGAGUCAAGUUGUCCCCACAUUGCAAGUAAUGAACAAAAAUACCAAAAUCUAUCACACUUUGCGCAUUUGUGUUCCAUGUUGAUGAUGCCCGGCAUCCUUCUCUUGUUCCUUCUAACACUCAGGAUGUAAGACGUGAUUCUUCUUUUAAUACGACUGGAAAUGAGCUUCUCUAAAUGUUUGUCAUGUAAAAAGUAAAUGAAUAUGAAAGCCAUUGUGCAUGACAGACUUGUACAAAGAUAAGAGUUCUUACAGUA